CGAAUAGACCAUGCGAUGCCGUAUCUGGACCGCUGCGACCUUUGUGUUCCUGUGCAUCCCGAUAAGAAGUUGCAGACCAGCAGAUGUGCCAUGGCCACGUCUCUCUUUCCAUCUCCUUCCUCGCCCCACCUCUCCAUUCUCAAGCUGAAAUACUUCGCUCCUCUCAAGAGCUCCGCCCUCUCUUCGCUCUCUGCAUCUUCCCAAAGAACCGUCAGAAGCUGCUCGUCUCUUAGGGCGUUGGAGAGAAACCCCAGAGCCGGAAGCUGGAGACUCAGCGCCGCCGCUGAAGAUGCGCUGGAGAGUUCGCAGCAGAUAGUGUCGUCCGGUGGCGGCGGCGGCGACGACGGCGUGUCCAACGCCGUCUCGGUCCUGCUCCUCAUCGCCUUCGCUGGUCUCUCCAUUCUCACAAUUGGGGUGAUCUACAUAGCGGUGACGGACUUCUUGCAGAAGAGGGAGAGGGAGAAGUUCGAGAAGGAAGAGGCGGGGAAGAAGAAGAAAGGUGGGAAGAAGGGGAGGGUCAGGGCGAGGUCUGGUCCGAGAGGGUUCGGCCAGAGGAUCGACGAGGACGAGUGACGAUUGAUGAUUUGCUUUGAUUGAGAGGAAUUGCACUUCAGUAAUUAUGUGCUUUGGAUAAUUUUGUUUUUGAAUGGUAUUAAUGUACAAGAAGGGUGUAACUGCA